AUGCUGAGAGAAUGGAUCCCCCUCCAGCACAACUACCUCCGAUCCCUGUACGCCCACUACACACCCCCGCCGCUCAACGCGGAGGGCAGCUACAUGUGCGCCGGGUGCAACAACGGUGGCGGUGUGUGGAAGUGCAUGUCCUGCAUCGGAUAUCCGAUCUUCUGCCCGACGUGCUGUCUCGCCGAGCACCGGCGAACACCAUUCCACCGGGUUGAGCAGUGGAAUGUUGGGGGAUACUGGGAACCUGCAUGGCUCCGUCAGGUUGGAGUAUCAAUCAACCUCGGGCACCGAGGAGGGGAGUGCUCCCAGCCGGCGGCUGUCUUGGACGAUGACGAGGACGGAGAAGCCAAUAGGCCGGCCAAUGCUGCCGGCGACGACGAAGCCGAGAUACCUGCAGACCCUCUGCAUCACGCCGACUCGCCACCACGGCCUCCACCAGCCAUGAUGACUAUUGUUGACACGUCCGGGGUGCACUUCCUCCCGGUGACGCCGUGCGGAUGUCCCUGGGCCGGUGACCACACGUCGCAGUUGCUUGAUGCCGGGCUGUAUCCGGCGAGUCAGCGGAAGGCUCGCACGUGCUUCACCUUUGCGGUCUUAGACGCGUUUCUUCUGGACAAUUUGGAGUGCAAGACUACGGCUAUGAACUUCUACCAGCGGAUACGCCGGGCGACAAACCCGGCUUUUCCUCAUGAGGUACCCGUGAGUCAGUUGCCGGAACGCCUGCUUGCCCAGAUGAUCACCAUUGCACAGGAUCGAUAUCUCGAGUUGCUCCGGGUAAGCCGGGAAUGGGCGUUGCUGCAGGCGAAGAAACAGUUCGGGUACGGGCCACAGUGGCGGGGGGCUCCGGGAAACGGUGACCUCGCUCACUUUUGCCCGGCGUGUCCGCAGCCCGGAGUGAACAUACCCGCGGACUGGGAGGUGGAUGAUAGGAAGUACCUAUAUGCCCGAGGAUAUGUCAUGGAUGGGAACUUCCACGCCGAGCAAAUGAAAAUGCGCAAGCCCGAGAACGACGAGCACCUGAAAGUAGCGAAGGACGUGAAGAUGCACUCAAGCUGCAACGACCACAAGGCGGUCUCCCAGGCCAACGCCGACCGGCAUAAGCUGGCUGUCACCGGGAUCGGCGCAACAUCUUGUUUGAGGCACGGGUGCUUCCUUCCGCACUCGGUAGUGAACUAUCAGAAGGGUGAACGUCAGAUGAACAUGGACUACUCCCUUUCCAACGCCCUGGGCUAUCGGUCAAGGGGGAUUGGGCACGUUUACCUCUCGUACGACAUAAUGUGCCAGUACCAUGUCCAUCUCGACGACCGGUUUGACCAGAAUCCCCACCUGGAGAUGCCCGGUGGCCUUGUGUUAUACAAGUGCAUCGGGCUCUUUCACAUUCAUGGUCAUAAGGCCGAAUGCGAACUCCGGCACUCUCUCACAUUCACCGAGGGUGCCGGGCAAGCUGACGGCGAGAUCAUCGAAACCCAAUGGUCGGGGAUCAAUCCCGUGUCGGGUAGUACACGCACAAUGUCAACAUCCCAUCGGCAAGAAACACUCGACCGGCACAUGAACAACUGGAAUUGGAAGAAAAUGAUCACUAUGGUGGCAUCGCUGAGAAGGAAAAUCAAAGCGAACCGCCCACUGCUGGCGGAGAUGAAGGCCGACCUGACCGCGAAGGAGGCCAGUGUCGAUGCCGAAGUUCUGGGAGCGUGGAGGAGGGAACUGAGGAUAGUACAACGGAAAAGGCUUCGGGAUGUCAAGGUAAUGGAUAGAUACCAAGCCAAGAAACAAAUCAGUGGUGCCAUCCCGGCUCGAGCUUCAAAUAAAGCUGGCGGAAGAGGAGGGAGAGGGCGAGGAUCCGUCGGGACAGCGGACUGGAUCGCAGAUGGCCUCAAGCUUGAGGAGCAACAACUCGGAAUCCAGAAGGACGUGAAGAAAAUGGGGGCCAUCGUUACUCGGCCGCAGGAGCUGAAACUGGCGAAACGGAGGAAGACUCUUGAGAUCCAAAUCCGGCGUUUCCACAGGCGAGCGGCUGCCAUUCACCGAAGGCAUAACUGGGGCAUCGCAGAGCAGGAUGCAGUGGAAGACGAUUCGGGGGAUGAAUGGGAGGAGGACCGCAACGACGACAGCCCAUGGCGCCUCUUUUCAAGUCUACCACCAGCUCCGUACCCGUCAAAGGCGUCCGAGCAUACCAAACUCGGCCUACCGUCCAAUUUAUCCCGGAAUGCACUUGCUGCAAAUGGGUUGCAACGAUUGGCGGCACAUGAGCUGACCCUGCGCCGUGGACAGGCAAAUGAUGCGUUGCAGCAGCUGAGGAUUCUCAUUGGCAAGAAAUCAUUCGAGUUCCAGACCACCAUUCGGCACGGGAGGAGGGAAGGCCACACAAAGCGCACCCGAUCCUUCACGAAGUUGGGGAAACUCGACCGAGCUGUGCAGCUUCAAGCUGCCAUUUAUCGCCGGGCCCGAGCCGCCAUGCAAGUACUUGGCGUCUCGGGAGAAGAGCAGGCAAAGUACAAGCCACUUACAACGGAUGAUCUCAACACAGUGACUGCAAUCGCCGAGCCUAAUAAGCCGGGACAAAGGCAUAAAUCGUCCUCGUGGAUAUGGAAUGUCGACGUCGGUGGCGACAUGCGGAGCGAUGACGAACUGGGAAUCAUUCACCGGGUACAGUGGUUCCACGCCCGGUCAAAGGUUGACAGAUUGGAGGAGGAAGCUGCGAUCUUGCGCCGGGAGCUUGACUCCGUGUGUCGAUACUUUGCCAACGAAGCAUCCCGGUGGCGGCAGCUGGCAACGAGAAACACGGAGGCCGAGUACCCCGGGUUCUCACAACACUGCCGGGCACAGGCUGCACUGUUUGAUCGGCUGCAUCAAGAUGCGAUGGUGGCAUGGCGGGAUUUGUACAUUGAACCGAAUGUUAUGACAUAG